AAAAAUAUUCAUUGGCGUAAAACUUUGCAAUAUUGAACAUACAAAUCUAAACUUCUCUCAUUGUAUUAAGUAGUAACAAACGGAUUUUAUAUCUAAAUUUAGAAUCAAAGUUUUUAAUUUAAUGAUACGUAAAUAGUAGAAAUAGUAGAUCAGAGUUUUAGAAGUUUUGUAUGCUUUAGUUUCCGGAACUAAUCGCAUGUGUUACUGUUGUAGAUCUCCCAUUUUUAUGGUUAACUUGUUGAUUAUGAUCAUCUUCAUCCGUUUAAAAUUUUAUUAUUCAGAGAUAACAAAUAACAUUAUUCGUAAUCGUAAAGAUAAAAAUAACGGUUAGAGUAACGACAGUGCAUGUGUUAGUGUUAACAUAUUAUAAUGUCAUGUAGAUCGUAUAAGUUUGAUUUAGCCGACAAAAAUCUCUAAAAAUGUGUCGAAGUUGUACAACAUAACUCUCUUUUCCUGGAACUCGAAACCACGCAAGAUUCUUUACCCAUAUUUCAUUAACUUUUCUUAUCCACAUUUACAGAAAAUUGAGGCAUGGGGUUACUGGAUUAUUUGAAGAAAAAGAAAACAUUUAUGAAAUUUACAGAAAAUUGAGGUAUUAACUGUGCUAUUUUGAAAGUUGAGGGGGCUGUUUACAAACGUUGCCACUCGGCAACGAAACUUUCAAAGAGUUUUUUUUUUCUUUUCAAGAAGCAAAAAAACGUGUUGGAGUACGAAGAGAGGAAAGGAGUCCGUUAUUUCGUCACUAUCAAACCAAAACGGCGUCGCAUUACCGUACAGUCGUCUUCCUUUAAAACUGCUCAAUAUAAACAGACCUUACAAGUUACAACAAUCUCUGUCUCCAACAAAACUGAAAGGAUAAAAAGAGAGAGAGAGAUUUCGAUCAACCUCUUCUUGAAAAUGGCAAGUGAAACAGAGAACAUAAAGUACGAAGAGAGUUUCAUUAAGAAUACUCGAGGAAUGAAGUUAUUCACGUGCAAGUGGUUACCAGCAAAUAAAGAGCCAAAGUCUUUGAUCUUCAUCUGCCAUGGAUAUGCAAUGGAAUGCAGUAUCACCAUGAACAGUACUGCGAAAAGGCUUGUGAAUGCAGGAUAUGGGGUGUAUGGGAUGGACUAUGAAGGACAUGGUAAAUCUGAUGGGCUUAGUGCGUAUGUCCCAAACUUCGACCAUCUCGUUGAUGAUGUCUCUGCCCACUACACAUCCAUUUGCGAGAGAGAAGAGAACAAAUGUAAGAUGAGAUAUUUGUUAGGAGAAUCAAUGGGUGGGGCUGUGCUUUUGUUGUUACACAGAAAGAAGCCUGAGUUUUGGGAUGGGGCCGUCUUGGUUGCUCCUAUGUGUAAGAUCGCAGAAGAAAUGAAACCAAACCCUGUGGUAAUUUCUGUAUUGUCCAAACUUAGUGGAGUCAUUCCUACGUGGAAGAUUAUCCCUGGCCAGGAUAUCAUUGAGACUGCUUUUAAGCAGCCAGAAGUCAGGAAACAGGUCAGAGAAAACCCUUACUGCUACAAAGGUCGUCCACGCUUGAAGACUGCUAAUGAGCUAUUGAGGAUUAGCACCGACCUCGAGAAGAGGCUUGAUGAGGUUUCAUUACCGUUCAUGGUAUUGCACGGUGAAGAUGAUAAAGUCACGGACAAAGCGGUUAGCGGACAACUCUAUGAAGUUGCGUCGAGUUCGGACAAGACUUUUAAACUGUAUCCUGGGAUGUGGCAUGGUUUACUCUAUGGCGAGACACCAGAGAACAUCGAGAUUGUUUUUACUGACAUCAUUGGUUGGUUGGACAAGAGAGCUUCUGAUGGAAACGGAGGGUUUGAGUCUGAGCUCAAACGUAAAGAAGAUGGUUUCACUUUGAAAGAGUAGCUCUGAUUCAAAUGCUAUUGUUGUUGAUUAUGACACUGUGACAUGCCUUUGUAAGUGCAGUGACAUUUAUAAACUACAUUAUGCGUCCUUCCUCAGUCUCUAAUUCUUUAUAUAUAAACCUAAUUAAUUAUGUUU